UGCGCCUCCAGACGGAAGCGUUGCUGCCAUUGGCCCAGCAGCCGCUGUCACCUGCACCGAGCCCAGGGCCGGAGCUCAAAGUCCGUUGCCCGAGGCCAGCGAGCUGGCGCGGGCAGCACAGGUGGUUCACGCCAUCGGCCCUGCAAGAUGCCGCUUGGACUGCGCGGGAAGAAGAAGUCGGCCAAGUUCAAGGAGACGGCGCGGCUGGUGGAGGGCGAGAGGUCGAGCGUCCACGAGGAGGUCCCCAGGCCCCCAGCUCCGGCACGCAAGCUGGUGUUCCACGCACAAUUGGCACACGGCAGCGCCACGGGCCGAGUGGAGGAGUUCUCCAGCAUCCAGGAGCUCUACGCCAAGAUCGCCGGCGUGUUUGAGAUCGCGCCGUCCGAGAUCUUAUUUUGUACUUUAAACACUCCCAGGAUUGACAUGGGGAAGCUCCUAGGAGGGCACUUGGGUCUUGAGGAUUUCAUAUUUGCCCACGUGAAGGGGAUCAAAAAGGAAGUAAACGUCUAUAAGUCAGAGGACUCGCUUGGACUCACCAUCACAGAUAACGGCGUCGGCUACGCUUUCAUCAAGAGAAUUAAAGAUGGCAGCACCAUUGACUCAGUCAAGACGAUCUGUGUGGGGGAUCAUAUUGAGUCCAUAAAUGGAGAAAAUAUUGUCGGGUGGCGUCACUAUGAAGUUGCUAAGAAGUUAAAGGAAUUGAAGAAAGAGGAGCUCUUUACUUUGCAGUUAAUAGAACCCAAGAAGGCAUUUGAAAUAGGACCACGGACCAAAGCUGGAAAGUCGUCGAUAGAAAAAAUUGGUACUGCAAGAGGGACUCUUCGUCUGAGAUCCAAGGGUCCUGCUACCGUGGAAGAGCUGCCCUCUGAAGCCAAAGCAAAGGCGAUCGAAAAGGUUGAUGAUCUCCUCGAACUGUACAUGGGAAUUCGAGAUAUCGACUUGGCUACGACCAUGUUUGAAGCCGGAAAAGACAAAAGCAACCCCGACGAAUUUGCUGUGGCCCUUGAUGAGACUCUGGGAGACUUUGCCUUCCCUGACGAGUUUAUGUUUGACGUGUGGGGUGCCAUUGGCGAUGCAAAACAAGGAAGAUGAUGCUGUGGAUGAUCGUCCUGCAGAAAUGACCAGAGCACUUCCGGAGGCAGCCUUCUUGGGGACUCUUAGAUAACUUCAUGACCUCUACUUCAGCUCCAUGUGUAUGAGAUUCAGUCUAUGAAAUGUGAUUUGAUUUAUGGAUAAUGUUUAAUAUAGUUUCCUGUGCAAUAUGCUUAAAAUAAAUUGAAGUCUGAUCCAUUUUAAUAUUUGUUCCAAAGCUUCUAAAAGUGACUUUUGAAGGAGCGUUUCUACACAGGUGGACUUGACCGUAUUGACAUGCCUUACUUCCCACAUUACAUAGUUUCUUACAACAGCUUUGUGGGUAUCUUUUCCUUCAAUAUCUUUAAAAAAAUUGUGUAUUUAUCGUUGCUAUAUGUGCUUGGUUAUGGGUGUACCAUGUGCAUGCAUUGUUGAGGAGACACAGGAGGGUGCCUGUAACUGUCUAUCACUCUCCGGCUGGACUUAUACUCACUUGUGAGCUUUCUGAGGGUGCUGGAAACUGAACCUGGGUGGUGGGUGGUCUGCCAGUGGUCUCUAGUGCUGAACCAUCUCUCCAGACGCCUUUCUUCAAAAUCUUAAUAGAUGGGAAUUAGGCUCAGAGUUCGGUCUACCUUGUAACAUCUUUAUUUUGUUAUGUUACAUUUAGAAGGUGAAAUACAGUGUCUGCCACAGUCCAGAAGCGUGGUCUUCAUCUUUAAAGGAGCAGGGAAGAGUUUGCUUUGGCUUACUGGUUCCUAGGACUCUCUUUGUAAAACAAAGGUUGAUUGUUCAAAUAAAAAAUAUAUAUAAUUACUCUUAA